UAAAAUGUUCGUCUUCAUCCUUAAAAAGAACACUGUUGACUGUUGAGUGUUGGCUAUCGCUCGUCCGAGGAGGCGGACUCCGGUCUCCGGCAGGGCAUUUUCGAGCAAAACCUGAGAGAGAGAGAGAUGGACGGAGUUUCUUACCAGCGAUUUCCAAAGGUGAAGAUUAGAGAGAUGAAGGACGACUACCUAAAGUUCGAGCUCCGAGAGACGGACGCAAGUAUUGCUAACGCCCUCCGCCGCGUGAUGAUUGCGGAGGUCCCCACCAUUGCAAUCGACCUGGUCGAAAUCGAGGGCAACUCGUCUGUGCUCAACGACGAGUUCAUCGCUCAUCGGCUUGGUCUCAUCCCUCUGACUAGCGAACGUGCCAUGGGCAUGCGCUUCUCCCGUGACUGUGAUGCCUGUGAUGGCGACGGUCAGUGCGAGUAUUGCUCCGUUGAAUUCCACCUCCAUGUCCGCUGCGACACGGACCAGACCCUCGACGUCACCAGCUACGACCUCAGAAGCUCUGACCCUUCCGUGGUUCCCGUUGAUGUUGCCCAGCACUCCGAGUCCACCGGUUACGAUGCUUCUGAGCAGAGGGGGAUUAUUAUUGUGAAAUUGCGUCGUGGGCAAGAACUGAGACUGAGAGCCAUAGCUAGAAAGGGGAUUGGCAAAGACCACGCGAAGUGGUCGCCUGCAGCCACUGUUACCUUUAUGUAUGAACCUGAAAUCCAUAUUAAUGAAGAUUUGAUGGAAACUCUUACUCUUGAUGAGAAAAGGGAUUGGAUUGAAAGCAGCCCGACCAAGGUUUUUGGCCUUGAUCCCAAUACUCACCAGGUUGUGGUAGUUGACCCUGAAGCAUACACUUAUGACGAUGAGGUGAUAAAGAAAGCGGAAGCCAUGGGGAAACCAGGACUUGUUGAGAUUUAUGCCAAAGAAGACAGCUUCAUUUUCACUGUUGAAUCUACUGGUGCCAUUAAAGCUUCUCAAUUGGUCGUCAAUGCAAUAGAAGUGCUAAAACAGAAGUUGGAUGUUGUGCGCCCAUCUGAGGAAACUGAGGAAGCUGAUGAUCAGUUUGGUGAACUGGGUGCACACAUGCGUGGAGGAUAGUUUGUCAUAUCACUAUCCGACAUUGUUUAGUGAAUACAUGCAUUUAGAUUUCCUUUGUGUCGUAUACUUGGAUUUAUACAUUUUUUUCUUUUGGGUUCUCCACAGUACACAUCUUUCAUUUUAAGUCGCAUGAUAUACAUCCCAGGCUCAUGUUUUUGAGGAUGUAAUUCUAUUUACUCCCCUUGAAGUUGUAACUAUUGUUCACUGUGUUCAAGCAGGCUAUGCCACAGUUGGGUAUUUUGACCUGGC